GACCGGAAGUGCGCUGCUCCUCCGCCUCCUCCGCCUCCUCCGCCUCAGAGGAGGCUCAGACUGCAGCAUGGCGCCCGCGGCGGCGCUGCUCCUGCUGUCCGCGGCUGCCGUGUGGAGCCUGGCGGCGGCCGAGAGGAAGCUGGUCUUCGUGACCGUGCUGUUUCGUCACGGCGACAGGUCCCCGGUUCGAGCCUACCCCACAGACCCGUACCAGGAGAGCAGCUGGCCCCAGGGCUUCGGUCAGCUGUCACAGGAGGGCAUGAGGCAGCACUUCGAGUUGGGCCAGUUCCUGAGGACUCGCUACAAAGACUUCCUGAACGAGUCCUACGACCGGCACGAGGUCUGGGUCCGCAGCACGGACUACGAUCGCACCCUGAUGAGCGCCCAGGCCAACCUGGCAGGCCUGUACCCACCCAGCGGGCACCAGGUCUUCAACCCGGACCUGAAGUGGCAGCCCAUCCCCGUGCACACGGUCCCUCAGGACCAAGACCGGAUCCUGAUAUUUCCUCAGAACAACUGUCCGCGGUACAGCCAGCUCAUGAACGAGACGGAGCACACCGAGGAGUUCAAGAACAUCACCGCCCAGUACCAGGACUUCAUUGAGUUUAUCACCAAUAAAACUGGACAGAAUAACACAUCAGUGGAGACUGUGUGGAAUGUACAGGACACACUCUUCUGUGAGUCCCGUCACAACAUGACUCCUCCGGACUGGGUGACGCCUGACGUCCUGCAGAAGCUGCGUGUGCUCAAAGACUUCGGCUUCCUGGUCACGUUUGGAGUUCACAAACAGGUGGAGAAGAGCCGACUGCAGGGAGGGAUGCUUCUUGCUGAAAUCGUCAAGGAUCUUUCCCAGAUGGCGUCCUGGGAUCCCAAGCAACGCCUCAAACUGAAGAUGCUGUCAGCGCAUGACACCACCCUGGUGGCGCUGCAGUCCAGCCUGAACGUGUACGGGGGGAAGCAGCCGCCGUACGCGUCCUGCCACAUGGUGGAGCUGUACCGGGAGGACGACGGCUCGCCGUCGGUGGCCAUGCUGUUCCGUAACGACAGCGGCGUCCCGCCGUACCCGCUGCAGCUGCCGGGCUGCGGGUUCUACUGCCCGCUGGACCGCUUCCUCAACCUCACCGCGCCGUCCAUCUCCUCCGACCGGGACCGCGAAUGCCAGCUGCCGGCGGAGGGGGCGGAGUCAGGCGUCCUCCUGGUCCUGGCCCUGUCCUCCUGCUCCCUGCUGCUGCUCAUCGUCCUGCUCAUGGCCGUCCUCUGCUGGAGGAAGACUCCCAUGGUGACGCGGGGCUACCAGCACGUCGACGCCGGGGACGAGUCCUGACAGGAGCGCCCCCUGCUGCCGGGGGACAGCAGCGAGGACGACGGACUCUGAACCCUGACCCCCGACCUCCAGAGGACUGGCAGAGCUUCUUCUGUGUUAAUUCAUCAGCUGUUGAAAUCCUCCAAUCUGCUUCAUUCUCAGUGGAUCCUGACAGGAAGGCUGGACCAAUCAGGAGCCUCAGAGGGACGUACUGAUACCGGACGAUACUGCACCACCCACUCCCACUCUUUAACAUUAAAAGCAGGACCGUCAGUUAUGUUCUAGUGUCGGUACUCGGUAUCGGGGAGUAGCUGAAGGUUAGUAUCGGUACUCAGUAUCGGGGAGUAGCUGAAGGUUAGUAUCGGUACUCAGUAUCGGGGAGUAGCUGAAGGUUAGUAUCGGUACUCAGUAUCAGGGAGUAGCUGAAGGUUAGUAUGGGCACUCAGUAUCUGGGAGUAGCUGAAGGUUAGUAUCGGUACUCAGUAUCGGGGAGUAGCUGAAGGUUAGUAUCGGUACUCAGUAUCAGGGAGUAGCUGAAGGUUAGUAUCGGUACUCGGUAUCGGGGAGUAGCUGAAGGUUAGUAUCGGUACUCAGUAUCAGGGAGUAGCUGAAGGUUAGUAUCAGUACUCGGUAUCGGGGAGUAGCUGAAGGUUAGUAUCAGUACUCGGUAUCGGGGAGUAGCUGAUGGUCAGUAUCGGUACUCGGUAUCGGGGAGUAGCUGAUGGUCAGUAUCGGUACUCGGUAUCAGUUCGUCCCUCGAGCUGAUUGGUCGGAUCAGUAAAGUGCCGUUCUCUGUAAAGGUCCAGACGGAUGAUGUAAAUUUAAAUUUGAUUUAAAGGACUGAAUGUUGAUGAUGAUUGAUGUGCCUUAAGAGUGUGUGUGUGUGUGUGUGUGUGUGUGUGUGUGUGUGUGUGUGUGUGUGUGUGUGUGUGUGUGUGUGUGUGUGUGUGUGUGUGUGUGUGUGUGUGUAAAGGUGAAGAGUCCCUGGAAUCGCUGUUCAUUUCUCAGAAGUUCACCUUUUGUUGGUUUAGACUCUUGAAUCUGAAUCCAGAUCAAACAUUUGGAUCAGGAAGUGAGCAGCUGACACACACACACACACAGACACACACACACACCGUGUGUGUAUUUGAGCAGCUGUGGCUCAGGUGAGACUCAGCAGUUUUCUGGGAAAACUCAAAAUAACAUUUACAAGUCAAAUAAACAGCAAACAGUGAUGGUUUGUGUGUGUGUGUGUGUGUGUGUGUGUGUGUGUGUGUGUGUGCGCGUGCGUGUGCGUGUCUUUUCAUUAAAGAGGAAUAAAGAUUCUGAA